UGUUUAUUUUUUCGAGAGAAUAGAGAUAAAACAAUUUUUUUUACUUACUAGCAAAGCAAGUGCUAGAUGGUGUUAGAUUUGCUUGUAACUCUCGUAAGACUUGCCCGCUUUUGGAAUAAACUACCAGCACCGUACCUGAUGUCUUCGUCUUCGUCACGUGGAACAACAAUAUUAUUCCAUCUCGUCCUAUAGCGCUUGCUGUGUCUGAUCAUUAUAGUGUCGGCGCGCAUAGAAGAUAGCCGUGUUGAGUGUGAUAGCCGGUCAUAUGUAGUGUUUUUAAUUGAUUUAACCAUGUUCGUCCGUUUCUUUGUUCAGAUUUGCGCAAACUGGGAUAGUUAACUCAAAAAACAUAUCACAUAAUAUUCUUCGUUAAGCUUACAAACGGAAGUGAUCUUGUGCCAAUGAUGAGAAAAAAAUUUCCAAUUCAUAGCAAUAAAUAAUUACAUUGAGAUGCGUAAACAAAUUCACCGUAAAACGAACAACUACUAACUAGUCUAUUGCAAGCGUUCGUCUAAAGUGCGUUACGUAAACAUCCUGAAGCCUGCUACGAAGCAAUAACAAAACUUGACUGAUCAAUUGAGAAACAUUCACUGCCCAGACGAUAAUAAUGGUUUGCAACAGACGUGCACUCACUUCGUACAUUUGAAUAUUGAACAUUUUAGGUCAACCUAAGCAGGUUUAACCCGUUGUCAUAAACGACGUCUGUCGACGUCCAUCCCGUGUAAUUGUAGAUGUACAGGACGUCUAUAGCAGUUCUGUUUUCUUAGUAAUAUAAAAUAAAAAAAACAAAAAAAAGUAUGUUUUUGGAAACACUUACCAAUUUUAACUUGAACGUCAACGUGCUAAUCAUGUUCGCGCUUUGGUUAGUUGUUGUAGAUUUAACUGUUUUAGAAAGCUUGUUGUUAAAAAUGAAACUAAUUUGUUUCAAGAUGUGAUUGCAAACUGAAAACUAAUAUUUAGGAUGAUAAAUUUGGCAAGGUCAUGUGCGUAUUGUUAUUAACUUGAUAGGAAAGCCUUUUGUAGCAAAAUUUGUGGUUAAUUUAGGAAAUUUUCAGCGUCUACAGCUAAAUGGACGUUGGGACAACCGAUUCAAAUUCUAAAUUCUGUUAUAAGACUUGAAAUGUCAAUUACUUUUGCCAAUAAGUGAGCGGAAUGCCCAACAUCUAACGGGAUUUUAAUUUAUGACAAUCGAUGAAAGUGAAUUAAAUGGGCGGAGGUUGGUAGCUAAUAGAAAUACGCACUUUAUCAGCGUGAAUGUCUGCUCGAAUUACGGUUAGUUACAACCAAUGGAGGAUUUUCUUUAAUUAGAAAAACAAAUGUAUUCUUAAAUUUAUUCCCAUCAUGCCUAUCGUGUUAAGCUCGAAAAUCAAUUAAUUGGCAUUCUAACCAUUGUCUCAAAGUAGAUCAUUUUAUCAUGAUUGAUAACUCUAGCGGAUUUGAAAUUUAAAUCCAUGACUACUGGAGUGUUAAUCGAGAUACUUUGCCUUCUCGGCCGACGUUUUAUUGAACUGUUCUUCCCUCGUAUCGUUGCAAUGUUCAAAUGUUUCAAAUUGGUCAAUGUCAUUAUAAAUUAUUUAAAAAUUCGCGUCACGCCGAAUGUAACCUUGUUUAAAGUCCUUCCACAUUUUCAAAGCCAAAAUACGUAAACUGUAAGGGCGCUUCGUAGAAAGAACCUCCGAAUUCUACCGAAAUUAUGACUGAAGAGGAAUUCUUUGAUCUGCAUUCGUAGGCCUCCUUAGGGCUUGAAUCUAAUAUAAAGAUAAAUCUUUUCCUUCUCAUUUAGAUAGCGGUGAUGUUCGAACCAUUUAGUUCAUAACUUUCAUAUUUUGUACUUUUACACACUUUACGUUUCUUCAAGAUAAUAAUAAAACGGAAAAAACUUUAUCUUAUCCGUAACGUAGUAACAUUUUUUUUUUUGCCUGACAACGAAUAAACAAAUUCUAUAAAUUAGUUAAUGUUAUUGUUCAAUAUCAAGAAGGAAACCGUUUUUUUUUUUCUUAAGAACAAAAAAAAAGAAAAAAAUUCCUCCAGUAAGAAAAUAUAAAGAAUGGAUAUCUUUGGGGAUAAAAACAUUAGACGAACCGAGAUGAUGAGAGUGCGGAAUUAUUCGUAUGCACCUUAUCUAGAGAGAGAGGGAGAAUUUGCGUGUCCUAUGCCCAAACCGCCCGACUUGGAAUCGCGAAAAGAGUGGUACACGGGUUUGAAGCCUCAUGAACGACUUUUUUAUCAUCAAACACUGAGUUCGGUGAGGGCAAGCAAACGUUUUCUACCCACGAAUAAGAUACCGAAGGACUCUUUAGAUUUUCGAUUGCAAUCCCGUUACAUACAUUCAAAUGAAGUGUUUCCGGAGAGAGUCGACACCGUCUUACAAACAGAGACAUGCUCGAAAACUCCGCAAACAUUUCGUGUCCUGCGUAAUACCAAAGAUAUCUUAGUGGACAAGCCGGAAUUAAUAGGACAUCCGCUUAGAAUUGGUGGUAUGAGAGAGAAGAUAUCCCCUCAUAGCGUCAAAUUAAUAAAUAGUGGACCUCAUACACAACUUGUUAAUAACGGUUAUUCUCGCCAAACAGCGGACGGCAACUUUUUCCGUUAUUAAAUUUCUUAAUAUAUUUUGUAAAUUAUUUAUUUUAU